CGCGGAGUAUAUGGGCAGGUGGAGCACUCUUCUGCCAAUCCAGUGCAGACCGCUCGUGCCGGCCACUUCCUGCCGGUGGAGGUGGUGGUCGCAGCAAGGCAAGGACAAUCCGAGAGACUAGUCUCCGGUACCUCCCCUGAGCUCUACACCGCCGUUAACGGCGGGACUCAAAGAACUCCCCGCCGGUAGGUACUUCAGGUCGCGUUGGCAGGGUGGUGGAAGCUCUUACGGCUUCGGAUCAGGUGGAGGAAUGGCUCUCAUAGCGACUCAUGCGCUGGAGGGAGCUGCGAGUGGUGAGCAGCUGCGUUGCAGGUGUUGCGAGGCCUGGGGUGUUGCCGCGAGUUUCGUCUGCUGCAGGUGAACACAACGGAGGGUCGUCGGUCGGGGACGGUGACGGUGGCUCCAACGACCUCAACCCAGCUCCGAGAAAAAUCCCGAUUUGAACUCCAAGACUUCACCGUUUCCUUCUUCCUUCUAGCUUGGUCAGUUGGGCAGGUGCUGCUGGCAGCCAAACUCCUGCCUCAGAUCCGGAGCUUCCCCAAACUCAAGUUCCAGAAAUUUUCUUCUAUUUUGUUGAAAAUCAGUAGCUUCGUAUGAAUUUUUCCUGAACAACGGAAGAACACAUGUAAUCUUUUUGGACAGAUUCCCACAGACGGCGCCAGUGUUGAGUUUAAUCCAAUACGAUAUAGUAAAUAUAUGCAUGAACACUCAGUUUUUACGUGGAAACCCGAAAGGGAGAAAAUCACGGGACUUUUUAGGCUAAUGUCCAAGCCCUCUCUUUCUCAUUAGGCUCUCCUCACCCUUACACAGUACAAUUUGAGCUCCCAUUAAUGGAGUCUUGCAAGCUAUUCUAGAGAGAGUAAAUGAGUUGGGGAAGAAGGAAAAAGAUCUUUUACAUGGAGGCUAAGCUCCGUAUUUAUAGACAAAGGGGAAAGGGUGCUCUCCACCCUAAUGGGCCGAAAUGGGCCUAGCUGCUCGGGCUCCGUACUGGAUAAUGUCUUGGGCUACUGAACAGUAAUAGGCCGGGAUAAUAUAUCCCAACAGCGUGUAAAAGGGAAAGAAGAAGGACAAAAAGGCAAAAUGGCGAGUAUGUGUCGACUUCACUGACCUGAACAAAGCAUGCCCGAAAGAUUCAUUCCCAAUGCCUCACAUCGACGUAGUGGUUGACGCAACGGCAGAACAUGAGAUGUUGUCAUUCAUGGAUGCGCUCAGUGGCUAUCGCCAAAUCCAACUGCAUCUAGACGAUCAAGAAAAGACAUCAUCCAUCACUGAGUCAGAUAAAUUCUUUCAUUCAUUGCUUUGUUGCUACUCAAAGAAUUACAACAUUGCAUGACUUAGAAAUUGCGAUAUGCAAAUCAGAGAGGGUUGAGCGGUUUGAAGAACUUGAAUUGGGGCCUUUGGUAAAGCACCCAUUAGUUGUACAUUAUUUUUCUCUAAGCGCAGAUGCCACAGAAGUCUGCAGAAUAAAAAGUGCAGAAAUAAUGUCUUUGCUUUUUGAGUUCAUGGAUAUCGGUAAACAUAAAAAAGUAGAUGUGGAGGAUCUUUUGGAUUUUAUUGCAAAGAAACAAUCUGUAACAUCCAAGGAAAGGCUUGGUGUGCGAAUCCAGAGUUUGAGGAUGCAUAUCUCAUUAAUUCGACAAGCAAAGCAGUUAGAAGUCACUAGUGUGACUAGAUAUCUAAAGACACCGAAAAACAGAUUUAAAAAAGCCAAACAUCGUGCUUUUUCAUCCUUACAGUCACAAAAAAAGCAGAUGGAUGUACAUUUCAAUGAUAUAAUAGAGCAUGUCAAAUCGUUCUCAUCUGUUAAUGAAAUUGGUUCUGGCAAGCAUGCAUCAUUGAUAUCAUCCUGUUCCGAGGGUAGUUCCAGUGAUGAUGAUGAAUCUGAAGGUGAAGAAUUUGCACAGGUGGGAUACAGCAAGAGUAUUAAACAAUCCAAAAGAAAAAGAAAACACGACAAUAUUCAGAGUCCUGUUACUCAUGCUACAAAAAUCUGCAAAACAGAAAGAACCCAAACACCAUGCAAUAGACAAGUGUGGACAACCCAUUCCGGUGAGAAGAAUAUAAGGGCAGGGAAUCAGGGAAAUAUUGACUCAAGUGAUUGCUCAUAUGGCAGUGAUUCAAUGAAGAUGUUCAUUACUACUUGGAAGGAAACAUGUCAAACAAACAAUGUGGAUGAGGUGUUUGAUAAGAUGAUUCAGUUUUAUCUAACACGAGAAAAAUCAAGAUCAUCAGCAAGAGAGUUGUUUUCCUCAUACCCAUGUAUUGGAUUGCUGCAUAUUGCUGUGACAUCCAUUAAGAGUGGAAUGCUGGAUAGCAUGUAUGACACCUUCCAAAAUGUGAGUCAACCAGAAGUUGCAAACAAAAGAUCUGAGAAUCGUUCUGAUUUUAUAUCCAUUGAUGUUGAAUCAUCAUCACCAUCACCGCCAUCAUCGCCUAGAAGGAAUGUGUCCAACCACCCUAAAAAACCUGUGGAGCCUGAGCAUGGUGUCUCGGUUGAGGACAUUGUGGGAAAAAUUUCUGCAUAUUUGGAGGUUGACAAUGACAGAUUUAACGCAUUCACUGAUAAGUUAACCAUCUUGAGGAAACUAUGCAAACUUGAAUCUUGGGUAUCAGACCAGUUUUCCUGUAAGGGAUUUGAGUCACUUGGUUAUGGAGAUAUUUGGUCCUUCAUGGAAAAACAUAUGAAUUUUUUUGUAUGCGCUCUGCAGAGGAGCAUGAGAAGUGAUAUUGGUGAGAAUCUUCCUCUGAAAGCCUCCAUGUUUGAGCGACAGUUUGAUGUCAUUGUAUCACAGGCUUUGCACCGUGUAUUGGAUAAUGAAAAGUUAAACCUGCAAAAGGUUUCUGAGUUGCUAGCUAAACAAUUCCCCUUGGUAUGUUUUCAGAUGGUACAGAGUGAUUUGUUGGAAGACUUUGAUGAUAGUAAAAAGGAGAAAGCUGCCACAAGCUCGAAGUGUAUAAUAUUUUCUGAAACUUUGUUAAAAGCUGAUGGGUUGAGUAAAAGUUGGUUAAGCACCUCGGAAAUAUCUCUCUUAGAAUUUAGCAUUGGAAGAGAUGCUUCUUCUCACACUCUUGUAACUUCCAAAGAUGUAAUGCAAGUUUUGCUCAAAGCCCCGAUGCUUACAGAUUUAAGAUUGUGGUCUCACUGGGACUUUGCCUUUGCUCCUUCGCUGGGUUCUCUUGUUGGCUGGUUAUUGAAAGAGGUGAAUACAGAAGGGCUGUUGUGUUUGGUGACAAGAGGUGGAAAGGUGAUCCGGGUAGACCAUGCAGCGACCACAGAUUCUUUCUUAGAAGUUCUUCUGCAGAAGUCUGCUUUUGAAACUGCCCUAAAGCUGUUAUCUUUGUUAACUUUAUAUGGUGGUGAACAAAGUGUUCCUUUGGCCCUCAUGAAGUGCUACGCCUGCAAGGCAUUUGAAGCUUUUUCAAAAAAUUCCUUAGACAUGGAUUCAAUUGAUUACAAGAGUAUGCCAAGUGAUGUAAACACUGGUUCACUGACAAGUGGGAGCAGACUUAAUAAAGCAAAGUCUGUUGCAUCGAGGUUUAUAAUAGAGUGUCUGGACUAUUUACCCAUUGAGUUCUGCCCUUUUGCUGCUGGUAUCUUGCUCUUUGGGUUGCAGCAGAUUGCUAAAGAUGCUGCUUCAGCUGUACUGAAUGAAUGCACAAUGAUUAAACAUCGUGUGCUGCUUCAUGACAUUGGGUUUGCACUUGGUAUUGUGGAAUGGGUUGAUGAUUACUACUCAUUUUCUUUCUCUGCAUCAGCCGCUAGCUUAUCAAUGUAUUCUGAAUCUUCUUUCCUACAAGGCUACAUGCCCGAGCUAAACACCAACUCAAAUCAAUUGCAAGCUGUAUCAACCAAAAGUCUGUUUUCUGAAGUUAAUAAUAUCUCCCUUGAGACAAUGCCACAUAGUGAUGAUCAUGGAAGAAUGUGUCAAACUAGUAAUGAUGCUUCUGUUCCUGUUGAUUUUUUGGGUGGAGGUUCUACAAAUCAGCUGUAUGACCUUGAUCCAGCCCAAGUUAUUGAAUCUAUAAGGCAGGAAGAAUUUGGUUUGAAUCCAGACAUUUCAUUGGUUGAAAGUGAAAGGUUGACUAAGCAACAUGCACGGUUAGGUAGAGCACUCCAGUCUCUCUCUCAUGAGUUAUAUUCUCAGGAUUCACAUUUCCUUCUGGAAUUGGUUCAGAAUGCUGAUGACAACAUCUACCCGGAAAAUGUUGAGCCCACAUUGACGUUUGUUCUUCUGGAUAGGGGCAUUGUAGUGCUAAAUAAUGAGCAAGGGUUUUCCACCAAAAACAUCAGAGCACUUUGUGAUGUUGGGAAUUCCACAAAAAAAGGGCACAAUUCUGGAUAUAUUGGGAAGAAGGGCAUUGGUUUCAAAUCUGUAUUUAGGGUCACUGAUGCACCUGAAAUUCAUUCCAAUGGUUUUAAUGUAAAGUUUGAUAUAACUAAGGGAGAGAUAGGUUUUGUCUUGCCAACUCUUAUUCCUCCUUGUGACAUUGAUUUUUAUUCCAGGCUGGCGUAUACAGAUACUGACCCCUUGACAUCUAACUGCUGGAAGACAUGCAUUCUCCUCCCUUUUAGAUCACACAUGUUAGUAGAUUCUGCUAUAAAAAACAUCACAUCAAUGUUUUCAGAUCUGCAUCCAUCUUUGCUACUUUUUCUUAACCGCCUUCGAUGUAUCAAAUUUCGAGACAUGCUCAGUAAUUCAUUUGUUGUUAUGAGGAAAGAAGUUGUUGGUGAUGGUAUUGUUAGAGUUUCCUGUGGAAAGGAAAAAAUGGUUUGGCUUGUAGUAUCCCAUAAGUUACGGGCUGAUGUCAUUCGCCCUGAAGUGCAAACAACAGAAAUAUCCAUGGCUUUUACGUUGCAGGAGACACUUGAUGGAAGCUACAUUCCAAACCUGAGCCAACAGCCUGUUUUUUCAUUUCUUCCUCUGAGAAAAUAUGGCCUAAAGUUUAUUCUUCAGGGUGACUUUAUUUUGCCUUCAUCCAGGGAAGAAGUUGAUGGAAAUAGCCCUUGGAAUCAGUGGUUACUCUCUGAGUUUCCUAAUCUGUUUAUUAGUGCAGAAAAAUCCUUUUGCAAUCUUCCAUGCUUUAGAAAUAACCCAGCAAAGGGCGUUGCAGUAUACAUGACUUUUGUUCCUAUUAUCGGGGAAGUGCAUGGAUUCUUUUCUUGUCUUCCUCAGAUGAUUCUUUCUAGACUGCGGAUGUCAAAGUGUUUGGUUCUAGAUGGUGAGGGGAAUGAGUGGGUUCUUCCUUGCAAAGUUCUGAGAAACUGGACUGAACAGGUUCGCACUCUUUUGCCUGAUAGUUUGCUUCGUGAGCAUCUUGGGCUUGGAUAUUUGCAUAAAGAUAUAGUUUUAUCUGAUUCAUUAGCAAGGGCUCUGGGAAUUGAGGAGUAUGGACCCAAAAUUCUUAUCCAGAUUUUGUCCUCCUUAUGUUGUAAAGAGGAUGCCUUGAAAUCCAUGGGCUUACCCUGGUUAUCAGCAUGGCUAAAUUCCUUCUAUACGAUGUCAUUCCUAAACCCUGGGCAAAGUUCACCUGACUCUGGGAUAGGAUCAGAUAUCAUAGACUGCUUAAGAAAAGUUCGGUUUAUUCCUCUUUCAGAUGGUAAAUUUAGCUCAAUGGAUGAAGGUGCUAUUUGGUUGCAUACUGAUGCAUUGAACAUUGGUAGAAGUGACACAGAUGGUCUGCACAAUUUCCCUUUGGUGUAUGCUGGACUUAGAAUAGUGAAUUCUGCUUUAUUCUCUGCAGAUACAACUUGUGACACAUUGGGCUUUCGAGUGUCUACAGUUGAAAAUAUAGCAAGGGUGCUAUACAGAGUUGGCGUCCAACAGUUAUCUGCGCAUCAAAUAAUAAAAAUGCACAUUCUUCCUCUUUUAUCUGUUGGUCAACACACCUCGGUGCAUAACAAACUAAUGACUGAUUGUAUUUCUUUCAUGAUGUUCCACCUACAGUCAAACUGCUCCAACUGUUUUCUGGAAAGAGAUCUUAUCAUUGGUGAAUUACACAUCAAAGCUCCCAUUUUAACAAAUUAUGGUUACAGACGAUGUGCAGAGGUUCCAAUCCAUUUUAGUAAAGAAUAUGAGAAUCCUAUUGAUAUGAAGCACUUAAUAACAGGCACUGGUGUGGAGUGGUUUGAAGUACAAAAUGUGUAUUUAGAGCAUCCAAUUACAAAAUUGGUUCCAGGAGGAAUUUCAAAGUGGAGAAACUUCUUCAUGGAGUUGGGGAUCACUGAUUUUUUAAAGAUUGUUCUGGUUGAGAAAAGCAUCGUGGAUCUCUCUCCCAUGGUCCUACAGAGUAUAACUUGUGAUAAAGAUUUAUUUUCUGAAGAGCCAAAUGUUAAAGAUUGGGAAUCUGAAGAAUUUAUUCAUUUUCUGUCACAACUAUCUACUAAUAACGAUAAAGAGAAGUCUAAACAUCUAUUGGAGAUCGUUGAUUCAUUAUGGGAUGAUUGUUUCAGUGAAAAGGUUAAUGGUUUCUAUGUUAAAUCCGGUGGACAAAGGAAAAUAUUUGAAUCUUCAUUUGCUAGUAGCCUUCGUAGUGCUAAGUGGAUUGUUUCUAGCAUGGAUGGCGAUCUCCACUUCCCUCAAGACCUAUACUUCGAUUGUGAAUCGGUGCGAUCAAUAUUGGGUGACUCUGCACCUUAUGCUGUUCCAAAGGUGAAGAGCAAGAAGUUGGCGAGUGCGAUUGGUUUGAAAACCCAGGUAACAAUUGACGAUGCCCUAUCUAUUCUGAAGGUUUGGAGAAGAUCUGAAUCAUCUUUUAGAGCCAGCUCAUUGCAAAUGGCUAAAUUCUACACUUUCGUAUGGAAUGGAGUAUCCACUUCUGAGCUACGAGUUGUGAAUGCUCUAUGUGAUGGCCCUUUUAUAUUUUUCCCACACAUGUGUAGUUCUCAGCCUGAUGAUGUUGUAUCUGGUGCAUUUUUGUCGACUAAAGAAGUCUAUUGGCAUGAUUCAACUGGUUUUUCGGAUCAAAUAAAAUUAAUCCGCCCUGAAUGUGCUGCAGAUUUGACUCUACGUCCUGUAUGUUGUGUGUAUCCCAGCCUUCAUGAUUUUUUUGUGAAUCUGUGUGGAGUGGUUGAGUUCCCUCCUUUUCGUGGCUACAUUCAGAUUUUGCAGCAAUUGUCAGCUGUUACUUUGCCUGCACAGGUGGCUAAGACUUUUUUCCAGGUGUUUCUGAAGUGGUCUGAAGAAUUGAAAUUAGGCUCUCUUAGCUCUGAAGAUAUUGAAUGUUUGAAAGAUGACCUUCAACAGAAGGACUUUACUGUGCUCCCCACCGUACAUGAUAAAUGGGUAUCUUUACAUCCAUCUUUUGGCAUCAUCUGUUGGUGUGAUGAUGAUAUACUGAAGAAGGAAUUUGAGGAUCAUGAAAACAUUGACUUUUUACACUUCGGGAAACUUACCAGCGAGGAAAAGGAGUUGCUUCACUCAAAGGUGUCAAUUCUCAUGCAAAAGUUAGGCAUCCCUGCUCUUACAGAGGUUGUAACUCAUGAAGCAAUAUAUUAUGGUGUGUCUGAUUCUAGUUCUGUGGCUUCUCUGGUCAACUGGAUUCUUCCAUAUGCUCAACGCUAUAUAUACAACAAUCAUCCUGAAAUAUUUUCUCAGCUCAAGCAAUCUGAAUUUGAAAACCUGAAAUGUCUAAAAUUAAUUGUUGUGGAGAAGUUGUUCUACAGAAAUGUGAUUAAAGGACACAAGAUGGCAUCCAUCAAAAGGUUUGAGUGCAACUCCCUUUUAGAGGACACUAUAUUGUAUGUUUCUCGAGGGUUAGAUUCACACUCUUUAUUUAUGGAAUUGUCUCGUCUGUUUACUGGUGGAACCCCUGAUCUCCACUUGGCCAAUUUUCUUCACAUGAUCAUGACCAUGGCGGAAUCGGGUUUGCCCGAUGAGCAGACUGAACUUUUCAUUGUAAACAGCCAGAAAAUGCCAAAACUGCCAGAAGGAGAACCAGUAUGGUCCCUUCCAGAGUGUGCAUCUUCAAUGGGAAAUCAAGAGGCACUGAUGACUAACGUUGAAUCUGGAACAACAGAAGAGCCAAAUCCAGUAAAACCCAAACAGAGACCAGGAAAAAGUUUUCUCUCUAAUUGGCCACCCACAAAUUGGAGAAAUGCCCCUAGUUUCCCUUUCCCCCAUGUGUCUAAUUCAAAAGCACAACCGGGCAGUGAUGUGAAAAUAUUAAAUCAGGAUGAGGUGACAGAAAUCAUGAGGAAUCCGGAAAAGCAUCCCCAUGCUCCAAUUGACAUCCACUUUAGGGGACUUGUUGAAGAUAUUUCAACAACUGCCAGUGCACCUGGGGUAGCGAGUGUACCAGAUUCUGAAAUUUCACAAGAUAAUAUAUCAUCAGAAGAGGUGAGUAUGUGCUUGGAGUCUUUUCCUGUUGUGACUACUCUAGAAGCCGGUUCGGGUUCUGGUUUGGUUUCAAAUGUGAGCGAUAGUGGUCAGCUAUCUCUUACCAGCACAUCCAGCUCAGUAAAUGGACAACAGGCAAUGUUGACGGGCAGGCUUGGAGAGUUUGUUGCCUUCAAAUACUUCAUUGGAAGUGUUGGAGAAACAUCGGUGAAAUGGGUGAACGAAACUAUUGAGACUGGGUUGCCUUAUGACCUUUUGGUAGGAGAUAAAGAAUAUGUAGAGGUGAAGGCAACCAGACAGCUGAGAAAGGAUAGGUUCAACAUAUCCACAAGGGAGUGGCAAUUUGCAGUCGAAAAGGGUGAACUUUACAGCAUUGCACUUGUUGUUUUAUCGGCAACUAACAAUACAGCAACAGUCAAAAUAUACAAAAAUCUCGCCAGACUUGUCCAGCUUGGUAAGGUGCAGUUGACCAUUGCACUCCAUUAAAAAAAUUCCUUUCUUUUAUAAAUUUAUUCCCCCGAAUGUUGGAUUCUUUGGAUCCUUAAUCAGUUUCCAUCCAAACGUCAUCUGUAAAAAUGUAAAAUGUUUGUUGCACAGGCAAAAGUGUAAAAAGGACUCUCCCUCCGGGCUCCGUCCCUUAAAAUUUUUCUAUCUUUUCUUUCCUUUGUCCCAAAAACAUUGUCCUUUUCUCUUUCAAUCAAUGAAUUCGUGGUCCUUGUUAUUCUCCUUGCUGGUCAAAUUUGGCGAAAUUUUAACGGAUAAGAGUAUUUUUUAUGCGGCGAAAUUUUAACGAAUAAGUGUAUUUUUUAUGCAAGUAAGCCACAGUAGAACGACCUGUUCUUAAACUAAUUAGAUUUUCAUUCCAUGUAUACUAAGGAG